UAAUAGCUUUCUUUAGAAGCAAUUGUGAUAUAUAAAUAACUCAUUUAAAAUGUCACAAGUAAUACGUUUACAAUUUUACGACAUAAACGGCGAUUCAGUUCAUGAUCAAGUACUAAAUUUGUAUGAUUAUUUAAAUAAAUUAAAAUCUGUAGAAAAUGAUAAAGGAGAUGAUGUUAUAAAUAAUAAUAAUAAUAAUAAUAAUAAUAAUAAUGAUAAUGAUAAUAAUAAUAAUAUAAAAUUAUUUGUUGCGACUCAAUUGUCUAAAGAAACUGAAGAGCAAUUAACUUAUAAUCGUCCAACUGAUUUUAAUGUCGAUCAAUUAUUUCCAUUAUCUGUUGGAUCAUUUCUGUUAGUGAACGAUAAAGAAUUACCAAACAUUCAAACUAUUCAUAUCAUCGCCUAUGAAAAUAAAUAUUUACGUUAUUACUCAACUAGUUAUUUAGGGUAUAUCUUGAAUAUUAUAUUGGAUCUUUUUCAUUCAUUGGAUGAUAUCAACAUACAUAUGAUUGGUGAAUAUAUUUCAACAUUAGAAAUUUAUUUGAAAAAUAAAUAUAGAGCUAUUGAUGCAUAUUUACCCGUAUCAAUGAGAUUAAUUGAAACGUCAAAUUUAAUUAAAUGUUUUGAUAAAGACAAGUAUUCUGUGCGUUUAGUUUAAUGUUAAUUAUUUCAAAAAAUAAUUUAUUUAUAAAAACAUACUGUUUUCGCAUAAAUUUAAGUUGAUCAUUUGUUUGUUUUUAAGAAAAAACUUGAAUUUAUUAUAAAGUUAGAAAGUAUCAAGAUUGGCUACUUGGGAAUUAUUAAUCUGUACCGAGAACUUUUUAAACUAAAAAAUACCGUGGCAAUUGUGGUAUCCAAUUCUAGUAGGAUUAAAUUAAAUUAUAAUUGUAUCUAAGGUAAAAGACCCAGUACCCGAUCACUCUUGUAUAUCUAUAUUUACUAAAUUUUACUGAAUAUAGAUAUACGAAUUCAUGAAGUGAUACAUGUACCCGGGACCUCUCGAGUACUAGUUCCCUGAUCGGGUACUAGGUCUCUGACCUUACUUGUUCUCAUUUCAAAACAAAGAAAAAAAAAAAACAACAACUGAGAUUAUUAUGUAAACGAAUUGACUAAAUUUUUUUUUAUUUAAAAUUUCUCCAGAGUACACAGAAAAAAAGGAUUUCUUGGCGCGAAAAAUU